AACCCCCCCGCCGCCGCCGCCAUGGGCUUCCUCAAGCUCAUCGAGAUCGAGAACUUUAAAUCUUACAAGGGCCGCCAGAUCAUCGGGCCCUUCCGCCGCUUCACCGCCAUCAUCGGCCCCAACGGCUCCGGUAAAUCCAACCUGAUGGACGCCAUCAGCUUCGUGCUGGGGGAGAAGACGAGCAACCUGCGGGUGAAAACCCUGCGGGAUCUGAUCCACGGGGCGCCCGUGGGGAAACCGGCCGCCAGCCGAGCCUUCGUCAGCAUGGUCUACUCCGAAGAAGGCGCCGAGGAUCGCACCUUCGCCCGCGUUAUCGUGGGCAGCUCGUCCGAGUAUAAGAUCAACAACCGGGUGGUGCAGCUGAGCGAGUACAGCGAGGAGCUGGAGAAGUUGGGCAUCCUCAUCAAAGCCAGGAAUUUCCUCGUCUUCCAGGGCGCCGUGGAAUCCAUCGCCAUGAAGAACCCCAAGGAGCGGACGGCGCUGUUCGAGGAGAUCAGCCGGUCGGGGGAGCUGGCGCAGGAGUACGACAAGCGGAAGAAGGAGAUGGUGAAGGCGGAGGAGGACACGCAGUUCAACUACCACCGCAAGAAAAACAUCGCCGCCGAGCGCAAAGAGGCCAAGCAAGAGAAAGAAGAGGCGGAUCGUUACCAGCGCUUGAAAGACGAGGUGGUGCGGGCUCAGGUGCAGCUCCAGCUCUUCAAGCUUUACCACAACGAAGCCGAGAUCGAGAAGCUCAACAAGGAGCUGGGCUUGAAAAACCGGGAGAUCGACAAGGAUAAGAAAAGGAUGGACCGGGUGGAGGACGAGCUGAAGGACCGCAAGAAGGAGCUGGGCAAGAUGAUGAGGGAACAGCAGCAAAUCGAGAAGGAAAUCAAGGAGAAGGAUUCGGAGCUCAACCAGAAGCGCCCGCAGUACAUCAAGGCGAAGGAGAACACCUCGCACAAGAUCAAAAAGCUGGAAGCGGCCAAGAAAUCCUUGCAGAACGCCCAAAAGCAGUACAAAAAACGCAAAGGCGACAUGGACGAGCUGGAAAAAGAAAUGCUGUCGGUGGAAAAAGCCCGGCAGGAAUUCGAGGAGAGGAUGGAAGAGGAAAGCCAAAGCCAAGGCCGCGACUUGACCUUGGAGGAGAACCAGGUGAAGAAAUACCACCGGCUGAAGGAGGAGGCCAGCAAACGCGCCGCCACCUUGGCCCAAGAGCUGGAGAAAUUCAACCGGGAUCAAAAAGCCGACCAAGAUCGCUUGGAUUUGGAAGAGAGGAAGAAGGUGGAGACCGAGGCCAAGAUCAAGCAGAAGCUGCGGGAGAUCGAGGAGAACCAGAAGCGGAUCGAGAAGCUGGAGGAGUACAUCGCCACCAGCAAACAAUCCCUGGAGGAACAGAAGCGCCUGGAAGGCGAGUUGACGGAAGAAGUGGAACUGGCCAAACGCCGCAUCGACGAGAUCAACAAGGAGCUCAACCAGGUGAUGGAGCAACUCGGGGACGCCCGCAUCGACCGGCAGGAGAGCAGCCGCCAGCAGCGCAAAGCCGAAAUCAUGGACAGCAUCAAACGCCUCUAUCCCGGCUCCGUCUAUGGCCGCCUCAUCGACCUCUGCCAGCCCACCCAGAAAAAAUACCAGAUCGCCGUCACCAAGGUGUUGGGGAAGAACAUGGACGCCAUCAUCGUGGAUUCGGAAAAAACGGGGCGCGACUGUAUCCAGUACAUCAAGGAGCAGCGGGGGGAACCCGAAACCUUCCUCCCCCUCGAUUACCUGGAGGUGAAGCCGACGGACGAGAAGCUGCGGGAGCUGAAAGGGGCCAAACUGGUGAUCGACGUGAUCCGUUACGAACCCCCCCACAUCAAAAAAGCCCUGCAGUACGCCUGCGGCAACGCCCUGGUCUGCGACAACGUGGAGGACGCCCGCCGCAUCGCCUUCGGGGGCCACCAACGCCACAAAACGGUGGCGUUGGACGGGACCCUCUUCCAAAAAUCGGGGGUGAUUUCGGGGGGGGCCAGCGAUCUGAAAGCCAAAGCCCGGCGCUGGGACGAGAAGGCGGUGGAUAAGCUGAAGGAGAAGAAGGAACGGCUGACGGAGGAGCUCAAG